UUGUAUCUUUUCUAAGUGUAUUGCAGAAAGUGAUCAGAUAGUUUAUGAAACAUUUGGUUUGUCAACAUCAGCAACUGAACGCCUGAGAUAAAUAACACACGCUGGCAACCGUAUGGGGUUAAAGUUCGUUGUGUGCUGAAUAGUCCACAGUCUAUACGAUAAGAACCAAGACGUCUUUUAAAAGACAGCAUGAAGCGACGUUAUUCUGAAUUUAUUUGUAAUAUUCAGACUACGGCUUAGCUUCAAGUGAAGAGCAAUUACAGGACAGCCAAGAAUUAUAGCCAAGUCGAUGACAUCUCUCUCCCAGAACACGGACAAGUCAACAAUUAAACACAUCUACCUGCGAAGAGGAAAAUAUCUUUCCUACAUCACUUGAGGGAACCUCCAGAGGAGGCAAUACCUAACAUGACACCUACAGGAAAAAAUGGCCGAAUCGUCAAAUGGAAAGGCGAGGUUCCCUUUCCAGAAAUCCCGAACGCCAACUAUGCCUCCUUCAUGUUGACUGCGAUGUCCAAACACGGGGAAAAUGAUGCUGCCCUGGUAGAUGGACCAACAGGUAAGGCCUACACUUACGGCGACCUCCGACGCAACAUACCCAAGAUAAGGAACGGUUUGGUUGCUGCUGGAGUAUGCCCAGGGGACAACGUCCUUUUAGGAUGCAGGAAUCACAUCGAUAUGCCUGUGGCCCUGUUAUCCAUUAUCCUUGCUGAAGCAACUUGUGUUCUUCUCAAUCCAGCUUCGACUAAAGAGGAGCUGAAGCACAUCAUUGGCCUCAGCGAGUCUAGGUGGGUCAUAGUGCAGGACAAGAAAGUGGCACAGAAAGUGGAGGACGCUUUCAAGGAACUGUCACCCAACGCUCUCCAGCAGCUCUGGGUAAUGGAUGAAAUGACCUCAGCCAGACCCUCCCUCAGUGACCUCAUUUCCUCCACGACACCCGAGCUUCAAAAUAAGAAUGAUAUCUUUGACGCUGCCACAACUGUUGCACUGAUGCCCCUCUCAUCUGGCACCACAGGUCUUCCUAAAGGUGUCAUGCUUUCUCACCGCAACUUGAUAACAACUCAGAUUCAAAGGGUGUAUUUGGCAAGUCUCUCUCCACCGCGGAGCAUCAACAUCCAUAAAUCAGUGUUAAUAAUCACCCCCAUGUAUCACAUAAUGGGUUUCAACGUUGUGAUGAAUACGUUAUUCAGCGGAGGGAAAGCGGUCAUCCUUCCAAAGUUUACUCCCAAGGAAUAUUUCCAAGCCAUCGAAAAGCACAAGGUAACCUUCUCCCCGGUCGUCCCAUACGUCUUGCGCUUCCUAGAAAACUCUCCCAUCAUGAAGAACUACGAUCUUUCCUCGCUCAUCACGUUCCUGACGGGUUCUGAACCUGUAUCAGCAAGUACACUGCAAAAUGUAACUAGAAAGAGCGGACGCAUGUCUAUACAAGGCUGGGGAAUGAGUGAAAGUAGUGGCAUAGGAUGUGGUACCUCCAGUGAGACGUAUAGCAGGGAAGGCUGCAUUGGAAAGUUUGGACCAUUUUUCCAAGCAAAGGUUAUUGAUCUUGAAACUGGGGAAGUGUUAGGAGAAGAACAGGAAGGAGAGUUAUGUGUAAGAGGACCUUCGAUCAUGCUAGGUUACGCCAAUAACCCCAAAGCCACAGCCGAGACCAUUGACCCUGAAGGGUGGCUCCACACGGGUGACCUUGUGUACUUCGAUGAAGAGGACAACUUUCAUAUCACGGGGAGGAUCAAGGACCUUAUCAAGGUCAAAGGAUAUCAGGUGGCUCCUGCAGAGCUGGAGAACAUCAUCAGGAAAAUGGAAGGCGUGCGAGACGUAGCCGUGGCAGGGAUCCCCGACGAGCGCCUAGGCGAAGUCCCAAGGGCCUGGGUUGUGCCAAGAGCUGACGCUGUUUUAGAUACGAAGGCUAUUAUUGAGAACGUUGCAGCUCAAGUGAUGCCCUACAAGCAACUGGCCGGAGGAGUCGAGGUCGUCCAUUCCAUCCCGAGGAACCACAUUGGCAAGGUGCUCCGGAGGCAGCUCCGAAAGCCUUACGAGGAUAAAUCAAAAAGGUCUAAGCUGUGAAUCGGUUACAAAAGAAGAAUGCCAGCACCAUUUUGAGUAACUUCUUGCAAUAAGUCACAACAGCAGUUAUUUUUAAAAUGAACCUACGUAAUCAACAGAUUUUUUCGUAACAAUAGUAAAAAAUAGUAGCAAUCAAGAUAAUAACAUAUGAAUAGCACACUGCCUUCACAUCCCAUAAAAAUAACGAACACAACGAUCGUUUGCCUGACUACAAUUUUCCUUUUCUAACCAGUUAAUAAACUACUGUAUAUGUAUUUCCCUAAAAUAACCACAACCAUAUAUUUUCCAGUUAGAAUGGACGUAUCGUUUGAAUAAAGCAUACACUAUCAAUACAGGUCAAGUAAUAAAUUUAUGAAAAUGAAUAUAAGCUUUAUUCACUUCAACAUCUCAACCCAAAUGUCAAAUGAAAAAAAUCAAAUCCUUUGGCUACAACACAAAAAGUAAAUGAUGGCAUAAUUUGAACGAACUCUACCAUAUGGCACUUGACUUUCUAUAUUUAUGAUUUCUUUGUGCAAACCUUCAGUGCAAGGCCGAUAACUUCUUGAAUGGCGAAAGCUUAGUUUUGCAAAAGGGAUAAAUGUUUUAGUCCAAAACACGUUAUGAGUAUCCUUCGCCUAAAGAAAAUACUUCGUGUGCUCAAUAAAUAAAACAGCAAUAUUUAAUAAAGUUCUUCAUGUUAGGGAAUAAAGUAACUAAAACCACAAUACUCAUUUGAAUGUGCAUGAAAAAAAAACACGAGAGAGAGAGAGAGAGAGAGAGAGAGAGAGAGAGAGAGAGAGAGAGAGAGGUCUAUUA